UAAUCAAUGACACCAUACUAGCAUUCCCUCUCCACUUGACCAAAAAAAUUAAACUAAAUUUGGUUUUGCAAAACCAAACACCCUUUCGGAGAUCUCAAGAGACUAACCCCCUUCGACAAAUCCGAAAUCUUCUUACACCAUAACCCCCUUUUUUAUAUCUAUCUUUUUUUUUUUCUUCCUACCAAACCCCCAUUCCUCAAUUUUAUAUCUAGAUACAUAUACAAAUAUUUGUAGACACAGAUUUUUCAAGAAAGUAGUGAAAGAAAUCAAGAAAAUGGUGACCCUUUAUUCUUCUCUUUCCGCACAGUGUUACUCCAAUUGUAAUAACAAGUUAGGAAUUUCUUCGAUAAAUUCAAGAAAGUUUGGUUCACAGAAGAUUGCUUUGCAAAUUAAGCAGACACCCUUUUGUAAUGCUGUUCGCAUGCAAGAUGGUGCUGUAGCGACUCCGCCUAGCAAAAUCGAAAGUGAAAUUCCUUUGAAGAAAUUAAAAGAUGGAAUUUUGUCAGUCACACCUCCAAAGGAGCAGAAAGAUACAUUUGAUUUUGAUGUCAACAAAGAUAAAUCAACUGUCAGUAUUACUGUUGUUGGUGCUUCAGGAGAUCUUGCCAAGAAAAAGAUAUUUCCUGCACUUUUUGCACUUUAUUAUGAGGGUUGCCUACCCGAGCAUUUCACUAUUUGUGGCUAUGCCCGGAGUAAGAUGACUGAUGCCGAACUCAGGAACAUGGUCAGCAAAACCCUUACUUGCAGGAUAGAUAAGAGUGAGAAUUGUGGUGAAAAGAUGGAACAGUUUCUAGAAAGGUGUUUCUACCAUAGUGGCCAAUAUGAUUCCCAGGAAAACUUUGCAGAGCUUGAUAAAAAGCUGAAGGAACAUGAGGCUGGAAGGUUUUCUAAUCGGCUAUUCUACUUAUCCAUUCCUCCAAAUAUUUUUAUAAAUGCUGUACGAUGUGCAAGCCUCUCUGCUUCAUCUGCUCAAGGAUGGACAAGAGUCAUCGUAGAGAAGCCGUUUGGUCGUGAUUGUGAAUCCUCUGCUGCAUUGACACGAGCGCUAAAGCAGUACCUGAAUGAAGAUCAAAUUUUCAGGAUUGAUCACUAUUUAGGGAAGGAGCUUGUCGAAAACCUUUCUGUCCUUCGUUUCUCCAACCUGAUAUUUGAACCCUUAUGGUCAAGGCAGUAUAUAAGGAACGUGCAGUUUAUUUUCUCUGAAGAUUUUGGCACUGAAGGACGGGGAGGUUAUUUUGAUCAUUAUGGGAUAAUUAGAGACAUUAUGCAAAACCAUCUGCUUCAAAUUCUGGCUCUCUUUGCCAUGGAAACACCUGUCAGUUUGGAUGCAGAAGAUAUCAGAAAUGAAAAGGUAAAAGUUCUGCGUUCUAUGAGACCUUUACAACUACACGAUGUUGUCGUUGGGCAGUACAAAAGUCAUUCAAAAGGAGGAACAACCUAUCCCGGUUAUACCGACGACAAGACCGUACCAAAGGACAGUCUAACCCCAACUUUUGCUGCAGCUGCUCUUUUCAUAGAUAAUGCAAGAUGGGAUGGGGUGCCUUUCCUGAUGAAAGCCGGGAAAGCUUUACAUACCAGGAGUGCGGAAAUAAGAGUACAAUUCAGGCAUGUGCCAGGAAAUUUAUACAAUAAGAACUUUGGCUCGGAUCUUGACCAGGCGACGAACGAGCUUGUUAUCCGUGUUCAGCCAGAUGAAGCUAUACACCUAAAGAUCAAUAACAAAGUUCCUGGUCUAGGAAUGAGACUGGAUGCCAGUAACCUUAAUCUUCUUUACUCCACAAGAUACUCGAAGGAGAUCCCUGAUGCAUAUGAGCGGUUACUUCUUGAUGCCAUAGAAGGUGAGCGUAGGCUAUUCAUCCGCAGUGAUGAGCUGGAUGCUGCUUGGUCUCUUUUCACACCAGUGUUGAAAGAACUUGAGCAUAAGAAAAUAGUUCCCGAAAGCUACCCUUAUGGAAGUCGAGGACCUAUUGGAGCACAUUACCUUGCAGCACGAUAUAAAGUAAGAUGGGGUGAUCUUGCUUAGACAAACUAAUUUCUAGACUUUGCUAUUGCUUUAAGGAAACCCUUACAACUUCUUUUGCUUACUGUCAAGGCAGAUGAGAAUUAGAAAACACAAGUUAGUGAAACAGAAGACGAGGGGAAUCUCUUUUUUUUUUUUUUAAUUAAAUUUAUUCGAACUAGUCUUUUUUAUCGCACCAAUGCCAUAUCCCUUGGUAACAAGUUUUUCAUGUAGCAGUUAGUUUGCCUUUUGAGAAUCUAAUAAUGAGAAAAAUCAUCGUCUUCUUAUCAAGGUUUUCAGUA